AUGGGAUCUCCCGAUGAGGGCCGCUACCGUCGCCGCCGCCGCCGCCGCCGCCGCCCGUCCGGCAUCCUUAGCGGCUUCGGGAUCUCGCAGAUCGUUCUUAUCAAGCGAACCGCUUCCUCUGCAUCCACCACGGGCUCAGCAGCACCCUUGUCGACUGGAAGGUGUGAGACGAGCUAUCCACGGCUGCCGGGCCGGGGCGGCAGAUCUGCGAGCAGCGUCUCGGCAUCGCAGCUGAAGCCCAAGCCCCCGGGUCCGGGUCCCGGUGGUAUGGGCACGGUCACGGUCACGGCAGGGUUCGUCCCGCCCCCGGCCCCGCCCCCGGACUCGGCGGCGGCGGCGGCCCACCAUGCAGCGGCGCCCAGCCUGACCUCGGCCGGCUCCGGCCACGCUUUUGCCUUCUCCCUGCCCGAGGACUCGCUCGACAUGUUCGCCCUUACUCCGCUCUUCGACGGCCGCAUCGAUGGUCUCGGCGGCGAGGAUCCGGCCGCCUUCCUCGACCAAGUGACCGGCUCGCUGCCCCCCCUGACGGUGUUGGGGAGCGGCACCGGCGGGUGGGACCACAUGGAUGACGGCGGCGGCGGCGGCGGCGGUAGGGGGAGAGACGACCAGGACCAGCACGAAGCGGAGGACGAGGAGGACGACGAGGACGCCGAAGAGGACCAGGACCAGGUCGCCGGCGUCGAAAGCACCAUGGACACCGGCACGCACACCGGCACGAACACCGGCACGAGCGUUGAUGUCGGCGUCGGUAUCGGCAGCCGGCUCGCGCGCCUCCUCGAAUGCAACCACCGGCUCUCGAGCCUGAGCAUGGACUUGUCGAGGCAGCUCAGCCAUUAUCUGACGGCACCCGCCGCGCCGCCACCGCCAGCGCCGGACCAGGGGGACGCAAUGAUGCUCGACACCAAGGCCGAAGGCCAACCUGCGCCCGCGCCGGCCGGAGAACUGCUCGCAUCGCGGCUGCUCGCCGACGCCCUUGCCGAUCUGGCCGAGUUCCUGACCAUCAUCCAGGCUUACUGGCCGGAACCGCGCCGUAAGGCCAGCAACACGACCGCCACCACCACCACCGCUACCACCACCACCACCGCCAUCAACGGUCGUCGUCCCCGUCCGCGCCGCUGCCGUCUCCAGUCCCGCCGCACAGCGAGCAGCAGCCGCAGCCGGAGCCGCAGCCCCGGUCCGCCCCGACCCGGCACGGUGGCCACACUGCACCUCAUAGCCGUCUACCUGCAGCUGGUCGCCAUCUACGACCGCCUGUUCCAUCUGCUGCUGCUGAACGGCCGGCUGCUCUUUGGCGGCGGCGGCGGUGGAGAAAGAGGAGGAGGGGACGCCAGCUCGGCCGAGGGAGCGGCGGCGCGAUCGUCGUCGUCGUCGUGGUCCUCCUCCUCCUCCUCCUCCGUCUUCUCGUCUCCGUCCUUCUCGGCGUCCUCGUCAUCACCGUCCCAGCGCCGCCACAGCAGCAGCAGCACGACGCCCUCCACCACCACAACCACUACCACCACCACCACCACCACCACCACUAACACCGCCGCCGCCGCGUCCACCAUCAUGACCAUGGUGGGGGGCGGCCUGCAGACCAAGAUCCUGAUGCACGCCAUCCUGCACCAGUUCGAGACGGUCGAGCGCCUGCUGGGCCUGCCCGCCGAGCUGCGCGUCACCGAGCGCCAGCCGCCGGUCGGCGUCGUGAGGCGCGACGACAGCGACGGGGGGUGCGGCGGCGGCGGCGGCGGGAUUGGCGGCGGCCGUGAGGGGACGGGCCGUGGCGGUAGCGGGGGCAGAGAGGGCGGCGGCCUGCUGGACGCCCUCUGCCACGAGGCCUGCUACGGCGACGACGCCGGUGCCGAGGACGACCAUGACCGGCUGGGAACCCUAGUCGGCUUGGGGACGCUGGCCUCGCUCAGGGGGAAGCUGAGGACCCUCCAGGUGUCAUUGAAUAUGUAA